AUGUCAAAGAACAUUUUUAUUUCAGGUGGUUAUGGGCCUAGCAGAAAUGCGGGAUUGAUGUUCGCAUCCAGCAGUUCUCUUGGUGGAGGUAACAUAUAUGGAGGUGGGUUUGGAAUAAGUGGUGGUAAUAUGUUAGGAGGAGGUACGAUUGGGGGAGGUACUUUAAAUAGUGGCAAUACGGUUGGAGGAAGAGCUGAAAAUGGAGGCGGUACGACUGAGAGUGGUGCUAGUAAUGGAGGCGGCGUAACUGGAAGCGGAACAUUCAAUGGGGUCGGAGGCCCUAGUGAUGGAGGCAGUGGAAGGAAUAUGGUAGGUGGCAUUCUAAAUGGAUUUGGAGGUGGUUCGACUGCAAAUAGUGGAACUGGUGGUAGAUCAUUGAAUGGAAAUGUAGGAAUUGGCGGUGGAUCAUUGAAUGGAAAUGUAGGAUUUGGUGGUGGUUUCCUAAUUGGAGGCAGCAAAUUAGGUGGUAGAAUUGGGUAUGGAAGCCUUAGAGGACUUGGAGGUGGAAUCAUGAAUAAUGCUGGAUUGAAUGGAAAUAGCAGGCUUGGCGGAAAUGAUGGUGCAAUUGGCGGUAAUGGUGGACUUGGUGGCAAUGGUGGAUUUGGCAGUAAUGAUGGUAUUGGUGGUAAUGGUGGACUUGGUGGUAAUGGUAGACUUGGUGGUAAUAAUGGACUUGAUGAUAAUAGUGGACUUGGAGGAGGUAAUGGUGCACUUGGCGGUCUUGGCGGUAUGGCUGGUGGUUUGGGUGUAAUCAAUGGAGGCUUUGGUGGUAUUGGGGCCGGAUUCGGUAAAAUUACAAUGGGAGGUGCUGGAAGUUUAGUUGUUUUACAAUGA